GGCGCCGGGCUCGGUCCCUCUCCGUCUGCGCAGCGAGCGCACGCGCCUUGGGCGCCCGCGGGCCGGGGGGCGGCCGGGCUGAGCCCCGCUGAGCCCUCCGGCCGGCUGGCCAUGGGCGACCGCGAGCGCAACAAGAAGCGGCUGCUGGAGCUGCUGCAGGCGGCGGGCACAGGCAACGCGCUCUGCGCCGACUGCGGAGCGGCGGAUCCGGACUGGGCCUCUUACAAACUGGGCAUCUUCAUCUGUCUGAACUGCUCCGGCGUCCACCGCAACUUCCCAGACAUCAGCAAAGUUAAAUCCGUGAAGCUUGACUUCUGGGACGACAGUAUUGUGGAGUUUAUGACCCACAACGGGAACCUCCGUGUGAAAGCCAAGUACGAAGCCAGAGUCCCUGCAUUCUACUAUAUCCCCCAAGCCAACGACUGCAUGGUUUUAAAGGAACAAUGGAUUCGAGCUAAGUAUGAAAGACAGGAAUUUAUGGCUGAUGGGAAAUCCAUCUCACCUCCAGGUAACCGAGAAGGGUUCCUGUGGAAGCGGGGAAGGGACAACGCACAGUUUCUGAGAAGGAAGUUUGUCCUCCUGGCAAGAGAAGGCCUCCUGAAGUACUACACUAAAGAAGAGGGUAAAGGCCCCAAAUCUGUCAUCAGCAUCAAGGACUUGAAUGCCACCUUCCAAACAGAGAAGAUAGGGAACCCCCACGGGCUGCAGAUCACCUACAGGAAAGAGGGCCACCUCAGGAACCUGUUUGUGUAUCACGAGAGUGGGAAGGAGAUAGUGGACUGGUUCAAUGCCCUCCGUGCAGCCCGUCUGCAGUACCUAAAAAUGGCCUUUCCUGAGCAACCAGAGUCUGAGCUCGCGCCUCUCAUCACCAGGAACUACCUCAAACAAGGCUUCAUGGAGAAGACUGGCCCAAGGCAGAGAGAACCUUUCAAGAAAAGAUGGUUUGCCUUGGAUCCCCAGGAGCGGAGGCUGCUCUAUUACAAGAACCCACUGGAUGCCUUUGAACAGGGCCAGGUCUUUCUCGGGAGCAAUGAACAGGGGUAUGAGGUAUAUGAAGACCUGCCCAAGGGCACCCGAGGGAAUCGCUGGAAGGCCGGCCUCACCAUCGUCACCCCUCAGCGGAGAUUCAUCUUCACCUGCCCCAGCGAGAAAGAGCAGCGGGAAUGGCUGGAGAGUUUUCAGGAUGUCCUUUCCCGCCCCUUAACACCCCUCAACCUCCUCACUGCCGCAACAGAGAGUGACCGCAGCAACAGGUGACCCACUGGCCGAGAAGCCGGCUGGCCACUGGCCACCUGGAGCUCCUGGUGGGGAGGAGAAGUUCUCACCUCGGCCUGGGUUGCCCAGCAGGAGGGCCCUGCAGAUGGCAGCCAAGACCUGAUGGCUCCUAGAUCUCCCCAGUGCCAGCCCUAGGGGUCUUGGGGACCUGGCACAUGUCCUUAAGGCCCAGGACAUCUGAAAUGAGGGAACUGGAAUGGAUCCGUACCCACAGCAUUACACAAGUUGUAUGCUUGCUCCAGAAAAAAAAAAAAUUUAAUCUGAAUCUAACUGUGAAGAAACAAUCAGACAAAUCCAUAUCAGGACCAUUCUACAAAACAGCUGACCCGGGCUCUUCAAAACUGUCAAUAUCAUGAAAGCUAAAGCAGUGUGCAAACUGUUCCAGAUUAAAGGAGAUUAAAGAAGCAACAAAAUAUAA